UCCCCCAGUUUAUUUGGAAUUUAAAAAAUUCCUUAGAAAUGGGGAAGAAGGUUGAAAGGCUGGGCCUCCGCAUGUGUCUCAAGGAAGAGCUCGCCCUUGGCCUCUCACAUCCCAGCCUCCCUCCUCGGUUUGUGACCUGAUUUCCCUCACAGGUGCCCCUCGGGCACCCCGGCAUCUUGGUUUCCGUGAAGGUCCCAUCCGGCUCAGGCUGGCUCUUGGGGUGUCGCGGGAGGCUCUUGGUGCUGUUCUCGCCCAGCAAGGUUCAGGCUUCCUGCCCGACACCGCAGGCAGCCUUUUCCUGGCUGUGCUCUCAGCAUCUUCUCUCUGGGAUACCAGCCUCUCCCUGGGUAGGCCAGCAUUGGCACGGAGCUUCGGGGUCUGGCGGCCUGCAAUGAAGCCAGCUUCCCCAGGGGCCCUCCAGGAGACCUCCACAAGUGACUCACCUGCCCUGAGCGUCCUUCGGGGAUACCCUGACUGUGUCCUCAUGGGGACUAUGGGGUGCACAUGGGCUCACCCGUUGAGCGCCCAGCCGGCACACACUGGUACUCCGCAUGUGGCAUCUGCUGCUAGGCCCACCUGCUUCUCGGGGACCAGGCCUGGUCCGUCCAGCACCGCCUCCGCUUGCCUGUGCCCUCCUGCGUGUGGUGUGCUGUGUGCCUGAGCUGACCUCUCACCUACAUGUGCCCUGCCGGCUGAGGAUGGAGAUGGGGUUUCCUGCCGGAUGGACUAAGAUUCCAGGAACGGGAGGGAUCGGGGGUGACGGGGGAUGCUGGGAGGUCCGGGCGGGGGUGCAGCCUGGAGCGGGGGCUCUGGAAGCAGCCAGUCAGGCAAGAGCAGCUCAGGAACUUGGAGGAGACCUCAAGCCAGGUAUUCCUUGGUCCCCGAAAGUCUCAUGUUGGAGGCCCCCCUUUCCUUUGUCUCCCUGGGGUGUGGGGAGGCUCCUCUUUGACUCAGGGGAGCCUGGGCGGGGUCACAGCACCCUCUCUUCUCCCUGAUUCCUCCAUAAACACACAGGUGCAUCUCCUGUGAGUGGGCGGGCAGUGCCCCGCCUCCCUGCCCAGCUCUCCUCGUGAGCAGCCCUGCUCCUGUUCUUGGCACCCGCUGACCACUGCAGCUGUUGCCCGUCCCCUCGGUUCACCUUCCCUGGCUGGGCUGGGCCACUUUGGCCGCCCCCAAGGAGGCAUCUGUUGAAUAAACAGGUGCAGGUGAGGAGCGCAGCAGGCUGGCCCAGGGUGAGCCCCAAGCUCCAGGCUGGAAGCAGAGGGGCAUCCCAGGCCUUGGCACUUCCUGGGUGUUUAAUCUGUUUGUCUCUCUCCUGACCCACAGUGCCCAGGUGGGAGCAGAGGGAGAGGAGCAGCCUGGGUGUGACUGUGUGUGGCCAUCUGCUGGGACUGUAUGGGCUGUUACUGUCAACAAAGCUGCUCGGCUCACCAAGGGUUUUGUUCCCUCCAGGAGCAGGGAGACUCUCAAUUGCUCUAUAAGCACGAGAAGCCACUCACCUCCCGCUGGCCCACCCAGAAGCAUCUGUGGCUGGACAGGACUGCCUGGAGGCAGGAGGCAGGCAGGGGGCCUGCUGGCCACAUGGGAGGGAUUUGUUUAAGGGGAGAAGGAUGGUGGUCUAGAAUGUGAGGUCCCUGCGCCUGUGUGUGGUGGCUCCAGGGUAAAGAUGGGAAGGACAGAUACCAUCACCUCUCCCCUAUGCAGUUAAAGGGGUGACCAGAUCUCUAAUCAAUUUAAGACAUUUUUAUUGUUGUUUGUUUGUUUUGACACGGAGUGCAAUGGCUCCAUCACAGCUCACUGCAACCUGCACCUCCCGGGUUCAAGCGAUUCUUCUGCCUCAGCCUCCUGAGUAGCUGGGAUUACAGGGGCACACCACCAUGUCCAGCUAAAUUUUAUAUUUUUAGUAGAGAUGGGAUUUCACCAUGAUGACUCCUGACUGGUCUCGAACUCCUGACCUCAGGUGAUCUGGCCUUAAGACGUUUUACCCCAACCUUGCUGCUGGCAAAUCAAGGAGGCUGGCCAGGCGUGGUGGCUCAGGCCUGUCAUCCUAGCACUUUGGGAGGCUGAGGUGGGUGGCUCACCUGAAGUCAGAAGUUCAAGACCAGCCUGGCCAUCAUGGUGAAACCCCACCUUUUUUUUUUGAGACGGAGUUUCGCUCAUUACCAAGGCUGAAGUGCAAUGGCGCCAUCUCGGCUGACCGCAACCUCUGCCUCCUGGGUUCAGGCAAUUAUCUUGCCUCAGCCUCCUGAGCAGCUGGGAUUACAGAGAAUGUCACCAAUGGCACAGUGGGUGGCACAACAGAGCCGGGGCAUGAGGACGUGAGCUGGAUGAAUGGCUGGGUCAGCUGCCAGGCCCAGGACGAGAUGCUGAACUUGGCCUUCACCGUGGGCUCCUUUCUGCUCAGUGCCAUCACCCUGCCCCUGGGCAUCGUCAUGGACAAGUAUGGCCCGAGGAAGCUCCGGCUACUGGGCAGUGCCUGCUUUGCUGUCUCCUGCUUGUUGAUCGCGUACGGAGCAAGCAACCCGAACUCCCUCUCGGUGCUCAUCUUCAUUGCCCUGGCUCUGAAUGGCUUUGGUGGGAUGUGUAUGACCUUCACCUCAUUAACACUGCCCAACAUGUUCGGAGACCUUCGGUCCACGUUUAUUGCCCUGAUGAUUGGGUCCUACGCCUCCUCGGCUGUCACCUUCCCGGGAAUCAAGCUCAUCUAUGAUGCUGGCGUCUCCUUUGUCGUCAUUCUUGUGGUCUGGGCCGGCUGCUCCGGGCUGGUUUUCCUCAACUGCUUCUUUAACUGGCCCCUGGAGCCCUUUCCUGGGCCGGAGGACAUGGACUACUCGGUGAAGAUCAAGUUCAGCUGGCUGGGCUUUGACCACAAGAUCACGGGGAAGCAGUUCUACAAGCAGGUGACCACAGUGGGCCGCCGCCUAAGCGUGGGCAGCUCCAUGAGGAGUGCCAAGGAGCAGGUGGCGCUGCAGGAGGGCCACAAGCUGUGCCUGUCCACCGUCGACCUGGAAGUGAAGUGCCAGCCAGACGCUGCAGCAGCCCCGUCCUUCAUGCAAAGCGUGUUCAGCCCCAUCCUGAUGCUCAGCCUCGUCACCAUGUGCGUCACCCAGCUUCGGCUCAUCUUCUACAUGGGAGCCAUGAACAACAUCCUCAAGUUCCUGGUCAGUGGCGACCAGAAGACAGUGAUGGCCACGGUUGGCCUCUACACCUCCAUCUUCGGUGUGCUCCAGCUGCUGUGCCUGCUCACAGCGCCCGUCAUCGGCUACAUUAUGGACUGGAGGCUGAAGGAAUGUGAAGACUCCUCUGAGGAGCCCGAGGACAAAGACCCCACCCAAAGCGAGAAGAAGACAACGCGGGACCGGCAGAUCCAGAAGGUCACCAACGCCAUGCGGGCCUUCGCCUUCACCAACGUGCUGCUUGUGGGCUUCGGGGUGACCUGCCUCAUUCCCAACCUGCCUCUACAGAUCCUCUCCUUCAUCCUGCACACGAUCGUGCGAGGAUUCAUCCACUCCGCUGUUGGGGGCCUGUAUGCCGCUGUGUACCCCUCCACCCAGUUCGGCAGCCUCACGGGCCUGCAGUCCCUGGUCAGUGCGCUCUUUGCCCUCCUGCAGCAGCCGCUGUUUCUGGCCAUGAUGGGUCCCCUCCAGGGAGACCCUCUGUGGGUGAACGUGGGGCUGCUGGCGCUCAGCCUGCUGGGCUUCUGCCUGCCGCUUUACCUGAUCUGCUACCGGCGCCAGCUGGAGUGGCAGCUGCGGCAGAGGCGGGAGGACGACAAGCUCUUCCUCAAAAUCAACGGCUCAUCCAACCAGGAGGCCUUUGUGUAGCGGCCACCACCUCGGGACUGCAGCCCUGACUGUGCGUCCGCGGCUGACCCUGCCCUGCCCACCCCAGACGACACCACGCACCCCAGGACCCUUGCCAUCCGCGUGUUGGAGUCCACGCUCCCUCCCGGGGCCAGUCCUGCCUUGGAGCGCAGCGGUGGAAGGACGGGAGAGGGCCCGGGACGUGUCCGUUUCCUCCUGCUGAACGCAGGGGCUGCCCUGGCUUUGCUCUGCCACCUGUGAGGGACCGACUGGGGUCUCCGUGGUGCCUGUGGGAGGAGCCAGGAACCCCUCCCGGCAGGCGCUCUCCCGCCAGUGUCUGGAUUCUGCCUCUUGCCAAAGCAGAGGGGGCUGCCCACCACCUGCCCCCGGCUGCGCAUCCAUGGCCACACCUGCCUGAGGACAAAGGCUCGCACUGUCUCGCCUCACCUGGCCCCUCUCCCUCCCUGACUUGUCUAGGCUGCCUGAGGAAGGAAGGCCUGCUUCCUGUUGUUGGUGCUAACUCCUUUGUCAUUCCAGACCCUGUGGCCUGGCCAGGUCUGGCUGGCACAGAAGCCCCUGGCUUACAGCCUGGGGAGGGGAGAGCAGGCUGGGUGGACAUGGUGGCCAUAGCCCUUGCCUCCUCCCCCAGGGCCUACAUGGGGACACGUUUCCAUGGCCACCCUCGUGCUGUCUGCCACCUGAAGGGAAUUUCAGGAGCACCGCCAGAAGCCAGGGCACUGCCUUCAUACACACAGCUGCUUUUGUGGGGGUGGAUAUAAGGCUGUGGCCAGCAGACAGAGAUCCAGGCCGGGGUGGGGCCGUGGAUCAGUGUGUGGGGUUGGGGUGUACAGGCAGGAGCCACCAGGCCUGCAGCCCAGCCAGUGCCCAGGAGCCACUCUGGUGUGGGGCCAGGAGCUCGUCCGAGGCCGCAGGCCCACAGCACCCCCUGCUGGCGGGAUCCAUGGGGCCCUGGAGCUGACGACAGGGGUGGCAGGGAUGCCUGGCCCAUCAACCCACCCACCUUGACUGCCCCCAGAAAAGUCUCUUGAGACCUCCUGGGUGUGCUUAGUGGGGUGAGCUGAUGUUUGGGUUUUUAGUUAUUUUUUUUCUCAACAGUUUUAUCAGACUUCUUUUUAUAAAGCAAUAAAUCCGUUCUCCUCCUGGUAAGGGAUGCCCCUCCUAGGAUAUCAGUCUAGCUGCAUGUGCCUCUUUUGAGCUGGAGAAGAAAAGGCACAGACCUUUUCCUGCCACAGACCAGCCCCAGCCAUGCCCAGCUUGCUCUUCAUCUCUGGGAAUCUGCCUUCUUGGGAGGGGCUGUGGGCCAGGCAAAGAGCUUACUCCCCACCCUCACACCAACGGGGCUUGCACAGGCAUCUUAGAGUGUGGGCCGCCCUCCUCUGCUGAUUGUCCAGCCAAACAGGCAAGCCCUGGCCUCUUUUCCUCCCUGCGCCCUUCCACAACCCUGAGGACUCCCCGUGCAUUUAAGCUGAAGGGUAGCCCAGGGCAGCUGCAGGCUCAGAGCAGUUUAGGAUGGGGGAAGGAUGAAGGGAGAAGAAGGGGCAGACCAGGCCACAUUCAAGCUCCACAUUACCAGCUUGUGUGCCUGAAACACAUCUCAUAGGCUUUUGUUCACUCAAAUAUUAUAAAAAGGCAGUCACUGUGGCUUAUGCCUGUAAGCCCAGCACUUUGGGAGGCCAAGUCAGGCAGGUCAUCUGAGGUUGAGAGUUCGGGACCAGCCUGAUCAACACGGAGAAACCCCGCCUCUACUAAAAAUAUAAAAUUAGCCGGUAAUCCCAGCUACUCCAGAGGCUGAGGCUUGAACCCGAAAAGCAGAGGUUGCCGUGAGCCAAGACCACACCAUUGCACUCCAGCCUGCACAACAGAGCAGGACUCCAUCUCUAAAUAAAUAAAUUUUUUUUUUUUUAAUUGAGAGAGGCCAGGUGCGGUGGCUCACGCCUGUAAUCCUAGCACUUUGGGAGGCUGUAGUGGGUGGAUCACCUGAGGUCAGGAGUUCAAGGCCAGCCUGGGCAACAUGGUGAAACCCCAUCUUUAAAAAAAAAAAAAAAAAUUGAGAGAGCUAGUCAACAUGUCUACUCCUGAGAAUGCUUGUUUUGUGAUGUUAGUGGUUAUCCUCAUUUUCAAGGAGGUUUUAGAGUGAAAUUUGGGAAGGGAUGAGUUCAACUCCAGCCUGUUUCCUACAGCCAGCACUGGCAGUCCUUUCCCAUCUCAUGAGCUCUGGGGCUCCCCGAGUUGGCGUGUGGUGCUGCUGAGGUACAGCUCGAACCACUGCACCCCAUGGCCACCUGCAGCAGAGGCUCCUGGGAGCUGGUAUCACACGUAGCCUUGCCGCAGGCUGCUGACUCUGCUGCCUCCCAGCGUUUGAGAUCCACCAUCAAGCAGGAGUGCAGAUUUGGGAAGCCCUAACUAGCAAGGCCACUGCCAGCUGGGAAAAGGCCUUUUUUUUUUUUUUUUUUUUGGUGAGCUGGGGUCUUGCUUUGCCACCCAGGCUGGAGUGAGUGGUGCAGUUCACAGCUCACCGCAGCCUCCAGCUCAUGGGCUCAAGGGACCCUCCCACCUUGGCCUGCUAAGUAUCUGGGACUAUUGGUAUGUACCACCACACCUGGCUUUUUUUUUUUUCUUCCAUAAAGACCAGUUCUCCCGAUUUUACCCAGGCUGGUCUGGAACUCCUGGGCUCAAGCAAUUCUCCCACUUCAGCCUCCCAAAGUGCUGAGAUUACAGGCAUGAGUCACAGUGCCCAGCAAAAAAGCUAGUCUUGAAGUGGUGCAGGCGUGGCCUGUGCUGUCCCAGCAGUGCCCAGGGCCAGCCAGAGUGGGCACUGCUGCCUCUUUCUCCCACCCACCCUCAGGGUGUGGUACUUACUGGGAGGAAGCAGGGUGUUGAGAAACCAGAAUCGAGGGCUGACAGCAGUGCAGGGCACCAGUGCUUGGGGAUUUGAGGCCAGAAAGCAGGAGCGGGGUACAAAAACUGUGGGUGGCCAGACGGCUUGGGUCUCCCUGCACCCCAAUCCCCACUAGGUAGGCCCACCCGUCCUACUUUGCCUUGUAUGGAGCUGACAGGUGACAUGUUUUCCUAGUGUUGUCCUUGAUAACAAUCUAGAAGUUAAAUAGAUACUAUCUUCCCUGCUUUACAACUGAAAAACGAGGCCUAGAGCAAUGGAGUCACUUGUUCAAGGUCAGAGCCAGGACACUUAUAUGGGUCUCAAGUUGCUAGAGCAGCACGGCUCUCUAGGUUGGGACAUUCCACUCAGAGCAGCAGCUCAGGGCCACCAGGCCUGGUCUCUGUUUCUUAGAGCCAAGAGCUUUCUCAGGAGUGGGGUGAGAUCUGCUGAGUUGAAUCAUUUUGGCUGAGUUGAAUCCGGAGGCUGAUGGGUGCUUGGGGAAGCAAUUCCCUGGUGACCCCAACCCACAGGAGAAGUGGCCUGUGCCAGGGAAGGGACCACAGCUGGUCAGGGCAGCCGGCACCGAGUGGCCGGGCCCUCCAUCUCUUCAUCCUCCAGGCUCUGGCAGGAAGGAGCAGGAAGGGCUCCCUGGCCUGUGGUUUGAUCAGUGAGGAAGGGGAUGGGUCUGCUGCAGGAACCCCGCCACGAGCCCCUCCUUGCUAGACUCGGGUCUGGGCAUUUCUUGGUGGUUGGCCUUCUCCAAACCCUCUUGGCUUCCAUCUGCAGCCUCCGCCGCGUGGACACAGGCCUCCACCCUCGUCAGGCCUGAAGACAUGGCCCUCACAGACCCUUUCUGUUCUGCUCCGUCCCCCGUCCCCUCUUGCACCCAGCAUCAUCCUGGUUCGAACUUUCAUUUAAACCUUCCUCGUCGGGGCCCCGCAUGGUGCACUCCAAGGAGUGCAUCACUUUGCCGUAGGCCCUGGGGACGCUGAAAAUGUUGGGACACCCAGUGUUGGGCUUAUGUGCACAAGAUUCUGUGUUUCCAAUGCCAGUGUGUGACACCCGUGGGAAUGUGGGCAGAUACGCAGCUGGGAGGGGCCGGGGACAUACUGUGGGUGCCCUACGGUGAGGGCUCCUGCAAGGGGGUUCUAAGAAGCCUCAGCAGAGUCGGCCUUGAGGGCUCCUUUGGCAGCUGCUCCCGUAUCUGCCAAUGACCAGGGGCCCAACUCAAGGGUGGCAGUCCAUCUUCCCCUAGUACAGACCAUGGGAUUCUGAGAGUUAGGAGCCUGGGACCCCCAACAUGAGUGGGUUAUCCCCAGACCGCUGCCCUCCCCUGGGGUGGAGUGGUCAGGCUGAGCAAAUGGCUCUGUGAGCCUGCUUCCCCACGCCUUACUGACUCCAAUCGGUGGGUGAGGAUGGAGCUCCCUGAAGGCCACUGGAGGAGGGGGCACAUGGUCCCCAUGGGUGGCCCACCCCUGCGCAGACCUCUCCCCACCAGCACGAAGCCACUGCCCAUGCUGCUUUAGUGAGCCGUCCCCACCCGCCCAGGCAGCACUGAGACUCAGCCAGGCCCACCCGCAGCGCCCAGACCCUGACCCUUCUCAGGGGAGACCAAAGGCUGGAGGACUGUCCUGGUGGCCUCAGGCGAGUCUUGAGCUUCACCGCCAUCAUCUGAAACAUGGAGGAAAUAAUACCUGCAUGGCGCAGCUUCGUGGACACAUGGAAGAACUGCAUGGUGGGAUGCUGGACUCUGGCGUGGUGGCUCACGCCUGUAAUCCCAGUGCUUUGGGAGGCCAAGGUGAGUGGAUCACUUGAGAUUGGGAGUUCAAGACCAGCCUGACCAAUGUGGUGAAACCCCCUCUUCUAAAAAUACAAAAAUUAGCUGGGCAUGGUGGUGGGCACCUGUAAUCCCAGCUACUCUGGAAGCUGAGGCAGGAGAAUCGCUUAAACCCGGAAAGUGGAGGUUACAGUGAGCUGAGAUCAUGUCACUGCACUCCAGCCUGGGUGACAGAGAUUCCAUUUCCAAAAAAAAAAUAGUAAGGUCUGUAUCUGCUGACCCCUGCCCUUCUCAGAAGCCCUCUCUGAGCAAAGCCUUACAAAAUUCUUCUCUUGUUCACUUUUCUUUUGUGACUUUCACAUUUUGGUAAAACUUGGCCAAAUAGCUGCUGGAGAUAAUCAAUCACUGGUAGACAGGUCAGUGCUAAGUGGGACAGCUCAAGGCACUGCCAUGUAGGCAGCACCUGUGUGCCACAUCCUCACACGGCUGUGUGGUCGUGCCUCCCACUGUAUGUGUGUGCGUAUAUCUGAGAUGUGUCCUGGGUACAUCAGGGCGUGUACGUGUUUGGAGGCAUGUGGAGGAGCUUGUCCGUGUGCCUCUACCCCAGUGCGGGAAAGGGGAAGGGUCUAGCCUUGCUGAGUUCUCUUCCAUUGCUGGAAAGGGCAGCUAGGCAGGAGCAGCCCAAAGCCCCAGCCAGGCUCUCAGAAGGAAGCCUGAAGGGUUAAUCCGUGCCCGGAAUGAACCAGGGUCAACCCAGCAGCUGACUCACCUCUUCCCUGCUCCUCUGCUGUUUACAGCACCUGGCUUACUUCCUGGCACACAGUAAGCACUCAAUAAAUGUAUGCUGAGAAUGAC